AGUCGUUGUAAACGCAAGAGGUUGCAUCUUCAGUCGUAACUGAACUUUUUGAAGUUUGGAGUUUUAACGAAAUCCCGGCGGCCUGUAGAAGUAUGCCGAUGGGAUGCGAGUUUCCGAAGAUUCAAACCUUCGAGAGUGCUCUUUCUGCCGCCGACUUCGAGUCUACCGUCGAACUCACCAACUUCCCUGCAGUUUUUCGAGGAUGUGCUAGCGACUGGGAUGCGUAUUCUAAGUGGAAUCCAUUCAACAGUGGACUUGAUUAUCUGGAGGAACGUGCAGGUUCAGUUGAAGUGGAGGCAAUGCUUUCAAGGACGGCUCCAAUUUUCAACGGUGAUAUCAGAAGCCAUGAUAGGGUAUCAUUGCCCUUCUCGGAUUUUAUCAGAUUCUGCAAGCAGCAUAUCAGUGACAAAGGGAAUGGUUCUGAUGUUGAUGCUAAGUCUGCAGAUUUAACUCCUAUGCCCGAGGACUAUAGACCUGGACAAAUAUACCUAGCACAGUUUCCAAUUCUGAAUGACGAGAAAGAAGAGAAGGUUCAACUUAAGAUUCUGAGACAAGACAUCCAGACGCCCACACUUUUAGGGGAAAAGUCAUUGUCUUCUAUCAACUUUUGGAUGAAUUCUGCACAAGCUCGAUCAAGUACCCACUAUGAUCCACAUCAUAACCUUUUAUGCGUAGUCUCAGGGCGUAAAAAAGUUGUCUUGUGGCCCCCUUCUGCAAGUCCCUCGCUCUACCCGAUGCCUAUAUACGGAGAAGCGUCAAACCAUAGUUCGGUUGGUCUAGAAAACCCGAAUUUAUCAUAUUAUCCAAGAGCAGAGCAUUCUCUGAAGCAGUCACAGAAGGUUAUUCUUAAUGCUGGUGAUGCAGUAUUCAUUCCUGAGGGUUGGUUCCAUCAGGUGGAUAGUGAAGAGCUGACUGUUGCUGUCAACUUUUGGUGGCAAUCAAACAUUAUGUCUAACAUGCCUGAACACAUGGAUUCAUAUUAUCUGCGCCGAAUCGCAAGAAGAUUGAUAGACAGAGAAAUGAGCCUGUUAGUCUCGAAGCCUUCUUCAACUGAUUUAAGGCACCAGUCUGAGCAUAUUGACCAAUCACACAUUGGGAUGGCAGAAGGUGGGAAUGAUAAUGUAGGUAAUGAAAGCAUUAAAAAGGGCCUCAGCACAUUGCAUGAAAAAGCGUCGCUGCAUGAUCUAGAUCCUUCUGCUUCCCAGGCGCUUCAUGAGCUUAUUUCUUUAGUCCAUGACCACGUUAAUGCUGUUGAUACAAGUAAGGGACUCCAACACACUUCACCCAGUUGUUCAGAGGGCGAAAAAAGCAAGUUCCUGGUGAAUGCCUUGUCUUGUUUAGAAGAUGAUCGCGUUGCCCAUUUGCUUUGGAAUCUUGAAGCAUCUAGACUUCGAGAUGUUCUCCUUGCAAUGGCACGUUAUUUCCCAAGAACCUUAGAAGCAUUAAUACUCCACAUGCUCUCACCCAUUGCUGCGGAAGUUCUAACACAGAAGUUUGAUGAGAUUGACCAACAGACUGGUGAAGAAGAUAGGUUUUGUCCUGAAGCAUUGUUGUGUUUCUAUUUCCAUACUUUGAAACUGGAGAGUAACUUGUUAUCUCUCUUCUUUUUUUCGUUUCCAAUUCUUAGAAACCAGUUCUUUCGGGAAUUUUAUGGUGCAUUCGAUGAUGAAGCAGCUGCGAUGGAUAUAAUUUUAAGUAGGAAAGAGUCUUUUGCAUUUCAGGCAUUUAAGAGUGUACUAGACAAGUAUUUGGGGGUCAACAUUGCUUCACCAACAAUAAACAUUUGAAGGGUCUUGGGUGUGGUCGUUUGUGGUGGCCAGAUGAAUGUGAUCGGACAAGAGAGACUGAGAGAGCAUGUUGGUAGUGCCGUGUUAGUUAGGAAACUGAUAAAAAUGUUGCUGUUUAUAUUGGAAGGUGCUCCUUUCACUCUCAUUAGCAUUUUUUCUGCCAUCGAAUAGGAUUACUAUUUAUUUCAUGGCCAAUGGGGGCGGGAGCUUUUGAAUCGUAUAGUCGACAAAACCAGAAUUUUGAAUAGGAAAAAAGGAAGUGAUGUAUGGUUUGCUAAUUUGUUAGAUAUAGGUAUUGCAAGAAAAUGUGUCUAUGUUUAAUGGAAACCAAUCAUGAAUUCUUGUGUUGAA